CACUUCCAUGUGGGUACAUAAACAGCAAUCUUGGCCGUCCGUUUUUGUUCGUGACCCACCUACCAAGAAAGCCCAUCCAGCUAGGUCUUGUCGGCUGCUCCGCCGGAUAACGUCACGCCAUUGCCCAGAUAUAACGGCUGAGAGAGAGAGAGUCGAACAGAGGAUUGGAGAGAGAGCAUCGAUGGCCGAACACUCCGACGAUUUAGACCAACUCCUUGACAGUGCUCUGGACGAUUUCCAAAACCUCAAUCUUAGUUCUUCGGCUCAGAGGAGUGGAGACGAUGGUGUGAAGAACCCAGAGAGUUCUAGUAUGGCUAGUGACGUCCAAGGAUUGGGGAUGGGUUUGCCUGACUUGAGAAGUAAGAAAAAGGGCAAGCAAAAGGUUUCAAAGGACUCGCAUGUAUCUGAGGCACUUGAUAAGCUGACAGAACAGACUAGGGAGGCUGUCAAGGGUUUGGAGUCAAUAGGUACCAGACCUGGUGCAGGGGAUAUCGAGAAUGAUGCAAUGAUGGAGGAUUGGGCAAAGCAGUUUGAGGAGCUUGCUGGGACUCAGGACAUGGAGUCUAUUGUGGAGACCAUGAUGCAACAACUUCUGUCAAAAGAAAUUCUUCACGAGCCGAUGAAAGAAAUUGGAGAAAGAUAUCCAAAAUGGUUGGAAGAGCAUCAAUCGAAAUUAAGCAAAGAAGAAUAUGAGCGUUAUUCCCACCAAUAUGGGUUUAUAAAGGAUCUGAUUCAAGUUUAUGAAACUGAGCCAGGCAACUUCAACAAGAUUGUUGAACUCAUGCAGAAAAUGCAAGAAUGUGGCCAACCUCCUAAUGAUAUUGUGCAAGAACUUGCUCCUGACUUUGAUUUGUCAAGUCUUGGCCAAUUAUCCCCUGAAAUGCUGGAAUCUCAACAGAACUGUUGUAUAAUGUGAGGCAAUGACUUUGCUAUCAUCGCUUGACCGCUUGCCUUCUCAUGUUCUUUCAUAACAAAUUUUGUGCAAUAUUUUGUACAAAAUAAAUCUCCACAUGGAAUUAAAUUGUCAAAUUUACAGACCUCGCUCUGUAAUCUAUUCGGAUGCCCAGUUGAUGCUUUUCAUGGUCUUGUCUGUAUGGCGAAAAUCUGGUCAUUACCUCCGGAGCUCUCCAACAACACACAUUUUCAUGGGACCCACAAUUACGUGUGUAUGGGUCCCAUGUCAAUGUGUGGUGUUAAAGGGCUCUAGGGCACCACGUGAUGGUACUCAAGGGCACUGAAUAAUUACUCCUAUUAGUGGAGGUUUGCGGGACUCAUUUAGCUCUUCAGGACACAGAUUUUGGAAGGGAUUUAAGGUGCAAUAGUAUAAGUGAAGCAGCUAAAUAUAUAUUCUUUUGAUUUUGUA